CAUCGGUCCCACAAAUUCCCAAAUGCCUCCUUCGCUCCUCGCGCAAGCCCUCUCUGCAAGGAUCUCCUUGCUUCCGCUCUCUUCCCACGCCAAAACCCUAAGGAUGUCCGUUACCCGGCGCUCCUCCCGAUCCCUCUCGUCGGAGGCCGAAAGCCCCAGCUCGGAGUUCGAUCCAAACCUCGAUUUUCAGCAUUUAGAGCCGGACAAAGGUUGUGAUGUGUCUGAUGGAGAGAAACGUUUUUACGGGAGGAAGAAGAGGGCGAAAAGAAUCAUUGAAGUCGAUGGGGAGACUGCAAAAGAAGAAUCUGCUGACAAAAAAGUUAGUGGCCCGAUUGACAUUGAAGAUUUUGCGUAUCAUAAGAUCAAUCUAUCUGCAACUUCUAAUGGUAUAAAUAUUAGUGCAUCUUUCCCCACUCAUAAGACAAAGAGUACUCACCUGUCCAUAAAAUCUAAAGCUAACCUGCCAGCAAAUUGGGAAGCUGUCUUUGAUGGGAUUAGGAAGAUGAGGUUGGCUGAGGAUGCUCCUGUCGACACUAUGGGAUGUGAAAAGGCAGGGCUUUCUUUACCACCUAAGGAACGAAGAUUUGCAGUUUUGGUGUCUUCCCUUCUGUCGAGCCAAACUAAAGAUGCAGUCACAAAUGGUGCCAUAAAGCGUCUUUCGGAUAAGGGUUUACUGGAUGCAGAUGCUAUUGUCAAAAGUGAUGAAGCUACUAUUGCAGGCGUGAUUUAUCCAGUUGGAUUUUAUUCACGGAAAGCCCAUUACCUGAAAAAAGUUGCUGAAAUUUGUCUUGAAAAGUAUCAAGGAGAUAUCCCAAAUUCUUUAAAUGAAUUGCUUGCACUUCCUGGAGUAGGCCCUAAAAUGGCCCACUUGGUUAUGAAUGUCGGAUGGAAUAAUGUUCAAGGGAUAUGUGUUGAUACUCAUGUCCAUCGAAUUUGUAACCGACUAGGAUGGGUUUCACGUCCUGGCACAAGACAGAAAACCUCGACUCCAGAAGAAACAAGAGUAUCUUUGGAGACAUGGCUACCAAAGGAUUUAUGGGAUCCAAUCAAUCCCCUGCUGGUUGGAUUCGGACAGACAGUGUGCACUCCCCUCAGGCCCCAGUGCGGCAGCUGUGGCAUAAACCAACUCUGCCCGUCUGCUUUCAAGGAAUCGGCAAGCCCGAACUCAAAGGCUAAAAGAUCACAGAAAUAGAAGACCUCAACCCUCCCAUUUAAGCAUCUGGACAUUUUGGUUCUUCUGGUUCUUCGUUCUGAUACUAGUUGCAGUUGUAGAAGCUUGUUCACUCUUCUGUAGUCAAUGUACUAAUUUGGUUCUCAUGUUAAAAUGCAGCAAUCUUGCUUACAAACAAACUGUCAGUAUCUGUACAUGAAGAUGUCAUAUUCUAAAUGUGACUACAUUAAUGUUCAUAAAAUGCUUCUUUUGCAAGAA